AAGAGAUAUUCAAUUAUUUUUAGUUACCUAGCCAAUCUGUUUGCUUGUCAUUAAGAAAGUUGAAUCCUAGUAGGAACCAAAGUUUCUGUCUCAAUAAUAUUGAGUUUGCCAUGAAAGGAUAUUUGAAUACUUGCAUUCUUUUCAAGGAAAAGCAGUAAAAUAUGUUACAAACAGAAUCAAUUAGUACAUUAAGUGAUCAUGAGAAUCAUAUUGAUGAUUUGGAUGGCUCUAUUGUAUGGUCUCAAGAGGAUCCACUUUCUUCCAACGAAAUAUUGGAAUUAUCUAUGCAAGAUCAAACAGAAAAUAACUUAACUGCUUUCUGUCGAUUAUGUGCUGGUCAAACCAGUAAUCCAGUAUAUAUUUAUUCUGAACUUGGAGAAUCAAUGAAGUUGGCACACAAAAUAAGUACAUGCCUGAGUAUCAAGAUUAAAAAAACGGAUCCAUUACCAAAGCAGCUCUGUUUGACCUGCGUCGACAAAAUAAAUUGGUGUGACGAAUUUGACACACAGUGUGUUAAAGCAGAAGAUACUCUGUUGACGAUGCUAAAAGAAAAACGAUCUUUCGACGUCUCUAAUCGCGACAAUCAAAUGUUACUCGAUCGACAGUCGUGUCCCUUAUGCACAGAUGGCUAUAUGAACGUCUGUAAAGACACAUUUCAAGAUGCGAAGGAUAUGGAAUUGUAUGAGAGUGAUAUAAUUCUAGAAAGUAGUGACGAGGAAUGUAGAUUCAACAGCGCGAGAGUCGAUAAGGAGGGCGAAAAUCGUGCAGUUUUGUUACAGUUUCUAGGAAACAGACAGAGAUACUUGAAAUGUGGAGCGUGCAUGAAUCUUUAUCACACUAAGGAGACUUUGGACGAUCACAAGUGUAAGCCUAACGUACAAAGCACAACGAAACCGUACAAAUGUCUCGUGUGCGAUGCGACAUUUACGUUUGAAGAACGGCUGAACUUUCACACACAGUUCCAUAAAGGCGCGAAAACAUUGUAUUGCGAAUUUUGCAAGAUAACUUUCGGCAAGGAGUUGAAGCUAUUUUACCACUACAAGAGGUAUCACUGCAAGGACGUCAGCGUCUCAUGCUUGCAGUGUGGCAAGUUAUUCGAGAAUCAGGAAGUACUGCGAAUGCACAUUUGCGCCGACGGCAAGAAUCGGCCGCACGUAUGCGAAGUGUGUAACAAAGGCUUCUCCGACGGUUACACAUUGAAACGUCACGUAGUGACGCAUCUGCCGGAGAAGCCUUACAAGUGUUCGCAGUGCUCGAAAAGCUUCACACAAAAGUCGAGAUUGAAUAAGCAUGUUGCCGGCCACUGCGUAAUCAUCGAAGACAGUCAAACUGUAUGGAAAUGCUUGCAGUGCGGCGAGACCUUUGCUUCCUGCGACGAUGCCGACGUUCAUUGUCGAGCGCAUGAGAACAGUAUUACCUUGAUCGAGGAACUGCCGGCAUCGAAACUGUAUCAUUGUGAAUUCUGUAACAGCCACUUCAUCGACGUGGCCAAUCUGAGAACUCAUCAGAGCCGCCACGUCGUUGAAAGACCGUAUACGUGUAAUGCGUGUAAUACCACUUACAAAUCGUUCGCGGAAGCUAUUCUACACUGGAAGGAACAUCCCAGACUAUUGAAGGUGCUUGUCGUCUUUCUGUGCGACGUUUGCAACAAAGACAUGAAGGAAUUGUCCCUGCUGUACAAGCACAAGCGAAAGAGGCACGAUUAUACCUCUAGACUAUCCGAAUCGGAUGGCGCGAAGUUCGUCUGCGAACUUUGCGGAAAUGUAUUCGACAGCAGCGAGGAAAUGCGGGAUCACGGACGAGAUCAAUGUUCCAAAUUUCCCUGCGAUAUUUGCGGCAGUCUACUGCCUACUGCGAAUUCCCUCAAUGCACACAAGAGGAGACACAACGGAUUGAGGCCGUAUGUCUGCAACAUUUGCGGCAAGAGUUACACUCAGUCCAGUCAUAUGUGGACUCAUAAGAGAUUUCACAUGGGUGUCAAGCCGUACGCGUGCCAAUACUGCGACCAACGUUUCACGAUAAAGCCGGACCUGGCGGAUCAUACCAGGAAGAAGCACACGCGGGAGAGGCCGUUCAAAUGCGACGUGUGCCACAAGGCUUUUCUCACUGGCUCUGUUUUCUAUCAGCACAGACUGAUACAUCGCGGUGAUCGUAGAUAUAAAUGCCACUAUUGCGAAAAAGCCUUCACCAGGACGGAAGCAUUGAACAAUCAUAUCAAGAUACACACCGGGGAGAAGCCGCACGCGUGUGACGUGUGCGGCAGAUGCUUCAGACAAAAGGGAGACAUGAGGAAGCAUAAACGCACCCAGCACAGCUCACAAGCCGACUUGCAAAACGCACUGUGAAAAAGAAACUCUCGUGUUUUCGAGUACUUUGAUUAUUCAGUCAUUGUUACAGACAACUUCAUUAUGUUGACAUUCACAAUAUGACUCGAUAAAUGGAGUAUAGUUAAUAUUGUGUAUUUUAUUGCAUAAUUAAUAUAACCACAAUCCAUUCUGCAAGUAACAAAAUGCAGCAGAAUCCCAAUUUACACCGCGAGCAUCAGUUACAUCACAUCUGUAUUAUAAUUUCGUAUUCAACAAUGUAACAGUAAUUGCACAUGCAAUAUGGGUGUUACAUUUACAUUGUUAAGUGCGAAAUUAAAUCUAAAUGUAAUGUAAUUGAUGCUUGAGAUGUUAAUUGAAAUGUAAUGUUAAAGUUUGAUGAUAUUAGAAGUAGAAUGAUAAUGUAAUAUAAAAACGUAGAUAAAAAAUAUAUACACAAGAUGUAAUUUAAGAACAUUACAUUGUGUUCUUACAUUGUAUUAUUUAUAUUGCAUAUUGUUAUUACUAUUUAUUUACUACGUUUAUCCACGAUUCGAUAAGUAUGUUGAUCAUAUUGUAUAUAUUGCAUAAUUGUUAUGACAAGUCCUAUUCUACAAGUGACAAAAUGCAGCAGAAUAUAAUGUUAUAGUCUAAUGGUUGUUAGGAGUAGAAUAACAAUGUAAUGUGAAAAA